AACGUUUCUCUCCCAUCCCCUGAUGAUCUCUCUUCCACCCAUGCACGGGGAAAAAAACAACGAAAAAAUGAGACAUGCAGCUGUGCAGUCAACAGUUUCUUGCAAAUGGAAUAACACUCGAUAUACAACUAUGAUGUUUUUUUAAAGUUUGAAGUAAAGAUUAUGGACUUGAUUUUUGUGGAAUAGAAAAGAUUUCUUUUGAUACAGAUAUUCAGUUAUGAUGACAUUUCGGCAAUUGAUAAAGCUCUCAUGGAGAUGUGGAGUUGCUUUGACAAGAUCAAACUUCCACUCCUCAAACAGUAUUUGUCUAUAUGAUAAACCAACAUAUAGCAAAAUAAGAUAUUUUUAUACUACUAUCAUAGUUCAACAAUGUAGACAAUUAAACACAAGAAGCCAUUAUUUCAAGAAAGAGACUGAAAGUUCUACAAAUGAUGAAGUAGAAAGUACAGACAAGUGGGAUGGAUUUGGAACAGUUUUAAAGGAGUUUCAUUUAGCUGUAACAAAGUCAAACACUCAAUUCACUAUUCCAUAUUUUGAAGAGCUUGAAUCAAGAGUUAAGGAAGAGAACCAUCAUAAAUCCAAAUUGUUUGACAAUAUUGUUAUGAUAGAAUUUGAAGAAAAUAAUAAUUUAGAUGGAGCCAAUGUUUUUUUAGAGUAUUUGUCCCAGAAAGGAAGAAAGCUUGGAAUUAUUCCAAGAGUUGAGUACAUAGAGUUAUUAGGGAAAACUAACUGUAAUCAAGAGCAUGAUGAACUUAUUUACUCACAGUACAAGGAAUGUGAAGAUUUUCUAGAUAUCCUAGACAGAAGGUUGUUACAAAAAUUAAUUUCUGCUUUUUCAACAACUGCAAAAUGGAAGAAAAGCCUGGAAUUUAUUGACAAGGUUGAAUCUCCUAAAGGUUUACCGUUCUCAUUUUAUGUACCUAUUUUAGAGGCUGCUUUGAACAAUCAAGAUUUAGAGUACUUCACUUCUACCUUUGACAUGGCAUACAAUAACAGACCUUCACACGAGACCCAUGAAAAAAUCAUUCAAGAAGUCCUUGAGAAAACUGUAGAUGUAUGUAAAAAGUAUCCAGAAAGUGCAACAUUUGACCAUCUUCUCAACAUGCUUCAAAAGUAUUAUGUAUUUCCAACUGAAGAAACAGCAAACGACAUACAAAACUACUUGGAAAAUAUUUAUGGUUGUAAAGUAAAGAAAACUGUUGUUAAUUACAGAGGAGAGUGUAAAUCGUGUAUGAGAAAAAUGGAUCAAGCUGAAUUAACUAAAGAAGAAUUUCAGGAAUUAAGAAGUGUAUUUCUUGAUCGUACCUUGUAUGAGGGUGACACGUUUUAUUGGACAUCACCAGAAGAGUUGAAGACAUUCCUGGAUUUUCUAGAAAAGAAUGGUCCAUUUGACAUAGUGAUAGAUAAUCUGAAUUUGAUAUUCUCUCACUUCACAAGGCCUAACCAACAAGGAAGUACAUUUCAGAAGUGUCAAGAGGCAGUGGAUUAUUUUGCACAUAAAGGAAAGAGAGUUUUGAUUGUAACAAGAAAAACUUUCCCUAGAGAAUACAAAAAUGCUAAAACAUUUAAAGUUCAUCGAAGUACACAUGAUGACUCUUAUAUGUUAUUUGGUGCAUUGUUUAGUGGUUAUUCCUGUAUGUUUAUGUCCAAAGAUUAUUUUCGUGACAGUAAGCAUAGGCUAGGAAGCAAACAUGGAGAGAUUUUCCAAAAAUGGCAGAGAUCUAGGCAGGUCAGCUUGCUAACAAAAGCUAACAGCGAUCACUUUACUGUUCUGUGGCCAAGAACUUAUGAUCCAAGAGCACAGAUGACAGAUGAUGGUGUUUUACACAUACCUUUUAGGAGUGAAAAUGACAGAAGAACAUCUUAUGAAACUCCAACAACUUUCCUGUGUGCAAAAUUUAAUAUUAAAUAAAUCAGUUUUAUAAAGAUGUAUUAUGUAUGAUUAGGGUUUUACACAUACCAUAUACAGCAGGGCCUCUGUGGCCAAGUGGUCUAAGCAGUCCAACUACUGUAUCACUAGCCCGUCAACACAGAGGUUGGGAGUUUGAAUCCCACAGGUGGCCCCUGCGUUCGACUCCAAUCUUAAUUCACUAGGAUUGUCAGUUUUCCUACUCAAGGUCAUGGUUCUCUCCAGGCACUCCUGCUUCCUCCACCAAUAAAAACUUACCACCACAAAAUAGCCUAUAGUGCUGAAAGUGGUGUUAAAAACCAAACAAUCAAUCAAUCAUACCAUAUACAAAGGAAAAUGACAGGAGAACAUCCUGUCCUUUUCUAUUACCAAAUUUAAUAUUGAAAAAAUCAGUAUAUAUAUAGUUUUUUGUAGUACUACUGUUCAUUACUUGUCUUGUCUUCACUCAGGCUAUUUAGACAAUUGUCAUGGUUGAAGCCCAAUUAUGAUGACCUCUAGACAUCAUCUUUAUGAAUUAAGGUAGAUGUAUACCUCAAUGAGAUAGUGCAUUUUUUUUGUAUUUUGUUUUGUUUUGUAAGGUUGAUGUUUUAUUUUUAUGGAAGAGCAGUUCACUCAUCAGAAAAAAAGGAGACAUUUUUCUUCAGAGGGAGACAGAUGUUUUCAUUACUGUGAGAGCAUGGUGCAUGUGAGCUUGCUUAUUAUGUGCAAAGAAGCUAGAAAUAAAAUGAAUGACAUGGGAUUUAACUUAAACAUAACAAAUAAAAUGUAUGAUCAUAAAUUGAAUUAUACUCUUUUUACACAUUAUAAAGAGCUGUAAUCAAAGGUU